AGGCGAGGGGGCUUCCAGAGCUCAGCCAACAGCCAGGAGCAGUGACCGAGCCGCUGGAGCUGGGGAGAGACGCGCCUGGGCGGCGGACUGGGCCAGGAGACCAGGGACAGAGGGACGCUUGUCCGGGGACAGCCAGCAACGAACUGCGGCCUGGGCGGCGACAGCAGCGGCCCUUGCUGAGCUGUUCCAGCCGCACAGAACUGUAGCUGCUGCACCAGGACGUUUUUUCCAAGCUCUCCAAGCUACUCCCCCUCCCCCCGACUCCUCCCGCUGCAAAAGAAAAAAAAAAAAAAAAAAAAAAAAAAGGAAGGAAGGAAGGAAGGAAAGAGGCUAGAAAGGAAACCCAGAUUUGCCACCACAGCGACAAAAGGGGGAAAAGGAAAAGAAAGUCCAGCGACUGUGGGGUUGGACGCAGGCCCCCGGAGCGCGGGCCGAGCGAUGCGGGACUGCGCGCACAGGCGGCCGAGAGUUGUGACUGGAGCCACGAUGCACGGCCAGGCGCGGUGAGGAGCCAGACCGUUUCACCUCCCUGAAGGAGUCCGGGAACAGGGAGGGCCGUCCUGAAAACACGGAGGCCGCCAGGCAGGCCACGGGCCGAGGUGACGGGGCUGGGGAGGUGGGGAGCAAGCAAGCGCACCUGGCUGCGUCCGCCUGGAGUUGUCCCUCUGCGUUCACGAUUGACACAAACACUUCUCCAAACGGGGGAAAUUUAAGCAGCAACAACAAUCAACAACGAGAUCUUCCUCCUGCCUUCCCCUCCCUCCCUCCCUCCCUCCUCCCUUGGCCUACCCCCUCCCUCUUCCCCAGGCCCGCGACGGGCGCCCUGCGAGUCCGGACCCGCUGCGCGAUGCCGGCAGUGUAGGAUCCAGAGCUUCUCCACUGGUUUUGUUCUUUUCUUUAAAAAAAAAAAAAAAAAGAAAGGAAGGAAGGAAGGAAGGAAGAAAAAAAAAAGAGGAGGGGAAAUCCCGGUCGGUGGUAGGCAGCCUGGUACACACACACCCGCCCUCACACCCCGACAAAAGCAGAUGCACUUUGACUUCUGACAGCUCUACCUCAAGCCCAAGAGAACUCCACGGCGCUUUCCCUGCAACCCGAGCUCGCUGCGUCCUCCUCUUCUUUCUCCGAAUCCGUUUUAUUUAUUUCGGUUCCCGUCGCCGAUCUCGGUGACCUUCACUCCUCCGUGGGCUCUGGGCAGAAGAGUUGCGUUCUCGCCUGCCCAGACUCUUCUUCGCCCCAGGAGCUGCGGCGGCGCUGCUGUGUCCCGGGGCCCUGGGACUCCCAGGCUGCACAGUCCACCGAGGUGCCCUCUGCUCCCCAUCAGCCUCAUUUUCACCCCCUUUUGAUUUCCUGGUGCGGGUUUUGGCUUGCACCCCCAGUGUGUCUCCUCUUUUUGGAGGGGCUGAGGAGCUCUUGCUGAGGUCUUCGGGAGUCAUCCCCUAGGCUCUACCUGCUCUUCUCUCUCCCGGCCUCACCCGACCAAACCAAAGACCAUGGUGCACUGUGCCGGCUGCAAAAGGCCCAUCCUGGACCGUUUCCUCUUGAACGUGCUGGACAGGGCCUGGCACGUCAAGUGCGUCCAGUGCUGUGAAUGUAAAUGCAACCUGACCGAGAAGUGCUUCUCCCGGGAAGGCAAGCUCUACUGCAAGAACGACUUUUUCCGAUGUUUCGGUACCAAAUGCGCUGGCUGCGCGCAGGGCAUCUCCCCUAGCGACCUGGUGCGGAGAGCACGGAGCAAAGUGUUUCACCUAAACUGCUUCACCUGCAUGAUGUGUAACAAGCAACUCUCCACUGGCGAGGAGCUCUACAUCAUCGACGAGAACAAAUUUGUCUGCAAAGAGGAUUACCUAAGCAACAGCAGUGUCGCCAAAGAGAACAGCCUCCACUCGGCCACCACGGGCAGUGACCCCAGUUUGUCUCCAGACUCCCAAGACCCAUCACAGGAUGAUGCCAAGGACUCGGAGAGUGCCAACGUAUCGGACAAGGAAGGGGGCAGCAAUGAGAAUGACGACCAGAACCUGGGCGCCAAACGACGGGGGCCGCGCACAACCAUCAAGGCAAAGCAACUGGAAACUCUGAAGGCGGCCUUUGCUGCUACUCCCAAGCCCACGCGCCACAUCCGGGAGCAACUGGCUCAGGAGACUGGCCUCAAUAUGCGUGUCAUCCAGGUCUGGUUCCAGAACAGACGUUCCAAGGAACGGAGGAUGAAGCAGCUGAGCGCGCUGGGCGCCCGGCGCCACGCCUUCUUCCGCAGCCCGCGCCGGAUGCGGCCGCUGGUGGACCGCCUGGAGCCAGGCGAGCUCAUCCCCAACGGGCCCUUCUCCUUCUACGGAGAUUACCAGAGCGAGUACUAUGGGCCCGGGGGCAACUACGACUUCUUCCCGCAAGGCCCCCCGUCCUCGCAGGCUCAGACGCCAGUGGACCUGCCCUUCGUGCCGUCGUCCGGGCCCUCCGGGACACCCCUGGGCGGCCUGGAGCACCCGCUGCCCGGACACCACCCGUCGAGCGAAGCGCAACGGUUCACUGACAUCCUGGCGCACCCCCCAGGGGACUCGCCCAGCCCAGAGCCCAGCCUGCCCGGGCCUCUACACUCAAUGUCGGCUGAGGUCUUCGGGCCCAGCCCGCCCUUCUCAUCGCUGUCGGUCAACGGCGGGGCGAGCUAUGGGAACCACCUGUCUCACCCCCCCGAAAUGAACGAGGCGGCCGUGUGGUAGCGGGAUCUCGCACAGUCCGCGGAGUUCGUGGUUGUACAGAAAUGAACCUUUAUUUAAGAAAAAUAGAAAAAAAGAAGAAAAAAAAACCCAUAAAAAGCAAGUCACCCCCCCCCCCCACACACACACACACACUUCCCUCAGCCUCGGGGACCAUUUUCCGUCUGGGGAGUCCGGAUGGGAAAGGGGGACAAGAAACAGGAUCCAAAACCGCCUGGAGGCAGAACUGAGAUCCAUGCGCUGGAUGGCGAGGUACAGAUUUGGGGCUCCCGAAGGGAAAUGCAGACCUCUCCCCAUCUUCCACCUGGACCCGGAUGUGGGGACAGACGCCCCAAGUGUGCACGCCCGGCUGGAGGACGGCACAGGAACACCCAAGGCGGCCUCGGGGACGCUCGGCCAGUGGUGACGCCGGGAGCCGCAGGGAGGGAGGCGGAGAGGCACAGCCGGUUGAGGGAGGUGGAGCAGCCCGGGGCACUCCCGGGCUAGCCCGGAGGGUUCUGGCUCCGGGAAAUGUCUCACUAGUGUUGUCUCAGUGUUCAGGAGCAGCGACAACAAACUCUUAUAGCUUCAGAAACGCCGACCUGCUGUGCAUCAGGUGGGACUAUAUAUAUAUAUUUUUUGUCUAUCUGGGUUUUUGGUUUUUUGUUUUUGCCAAAAUAGCAAAAUUCUAAAUGUAAAGCCCUCAGUAUCAACUCUUCUACCUUCACAAAGCUCUACACACACACAGAUACACACAAACACCCUGGAUAGUAUGGUCUCCAGCCAGACCUCUCAGUAAAAUGACUUGAACAUCAACUGUACAAGAAAGUAUUCUACCUUCACACAUACAAAAAAAAAAAAAAAAAAAAAAGUUAAAAAAAAAAGACUAUUGAACUAAAAACAGUCAACUGUUUACGUAUAAUGUUAAAUUCAGGAGUUCAGUGUUUUAUUAAUAUAUCCUGUUUUGAAACCUCUUGUUCAAAAACAAAAUGUUUUGAGCAAUCAACCAAAAUUGUUCAUUUUCUUUUCCUGUAGAUGUUCUGACAGAUUUGCAGGGCUCGCAGCUCACUGUGCUAGUAUGUAAAAAGGUGUUGUUUACACAAGGCAAAGAGAAAACAUGAUAUUCAGACACUUGCCAAAUAGAAUAAUUAUAGCACAAAUACUGUAAAGGUGCCUAGCACCACAACCUGAGAAAGUGUUAAAAAAAAAAAAAAGUGUUACAAGGUUUAAAAAAACAUCUUUGCUAAUUUUUAGUCCUGUUGAACAUUCAUGGAAUUGUUAAUAUGACUUAUAUAGACCCACACAGGUUUUAUUUUUGUGUCUUUAAAAUAAAAGUCCAAAAUAUUUAAAUUUUAUGGUCAAAUAUGCAGUCAACAGCUGCUACUUUUUUCUUUAUAUAUUAAAUUUCUCAUAUGUCUUUUAUUGUUCUGAUAAACCUAAGCUUGUGUGACCUCCAGUGCAUAUUAGACCAUUCACUGUAUGAAAGAAAACAUGUUGAAUAAAUUUGUGAGUUUUUAAUAAAAAUAGAAAAUCUGA